AUGAGCCGCAGUCCAGAGAGGAUGUCUUCAUACCGCCGGCGUUUCGAGGGAGCCACGGCCGCCUCUAAUAUUUACCAGAUCCGGAUGUCCAGCCCCUCUCCCACCCGCAGGGACACCCGGCACCGGUCUGCCAGCUUCUCUCGGAGUGGAAGCUCAAUGGGGCGAAGAGCCAUCUCCAAUAAAUCUCGCAUGACCAGCAGUGCGAGUAUGGGAGCGCUGUGCUUAGGGAUGUCCAUGGGAUUUGGGCCCAAACUGGAUCUGGAUGCCGCCUCAGCGGAGAACCAGGCCUUUAUGACGACUCGAUCCAGUGAGCGGCAGGAGAUGGUUGCCCUCAAUGACCGCCUAGCAGCAUAUAUUGAAAAGGUGAGAACUCUGGAGUCAAAAAACAAGCUCAUGGAGGCUGAGAUUGAUGCCCUGAAGAGCCGACAUGUCAAACCAUCAGGCCUCAGGCAGCUGUACGAGUCGCAGCUGAAAGAUCUGAAAAGGGUUGCAGAGCAGAUGAGAGUCCAGCGGAACCUGUCUUUGUCAGCCAAGGAGGGAAUGAUGGGUCAGCUGGACAUGCUGAAGUCCAAAUAUGAUGAGGCAGUGGAAGCAAGGAAAAAGACGGAGUAUGACAUUGAGAUACUUCGUCCGGAUGUGGAUAAAGCAACUUCUGCUCGGAUCGCUCUGGAGAAACAUCAAGAGCAGCUGGAGGUCGAGCUGGCCUUCCUGCAGAGAGUUCAGAAGGAGGAAAUCGAGGAGCUGAUGCAGAGGAUCUAUUCAGCAACCUCCAAGGUUGAAUUGAGUUUUGGCCUCCCGGACCUCUCCUCUGCUCUAAGAGAGAUUCAGUCUCAGUAUGACAGCAUCGCCGCCAAAAACCUGCAGGAAAUGGACGCUUGGUACAGCUCAAAGUUUCAGGACCUGAACAACGCCUCCAACAAACACGUUCAAGGUGUCCGAAGUCUGAGGGAUCAAAUUGCAGGCUAUAAGAAGGAUAUUCUCAACAAGCAGCGUGAAUUGGAAGCACUGAAGACGAGGAACGAGUAUUUGGAGGCUCAGAUCCGUGAAUCAAUCGUAAAACACAAGAAGAAGGAGGAGGAUCUUGAGGAGCGUAUCGAGGCAAUUAAGCUGGAUCUGAAGGCAACUAAAGAGAAGAUCGCUCUGCUGCUGCGAGAAUAUCAGGACCUGCUGAACGUGAAGAUGGCUAUGGAGGUUGAGAUCAUUACCUACAGGAAGCUGAUUGAGGGGGAAGACAGCCGUCUGAGCAACAUGGUCCAUAAUCUGUCCCUGAGUGGAGCCCUGCAUCUCACUUCUAGUGUUAGCACACAUGCUGUGUCAACCACUGUUUCAGUCUGUGACAGCUCAGCCUCUGUGAUGAAUUCAAAGCUUGAUGGAGCCGUGGUUGCCAAUGGAGACUUGUCAGACUCUAACAUGGUCUCAGAGGAGCAGGCAACAGAGAUGUCUGAGAGGAAGACUCUCCUCAUCAGAACAGUUAAGACAGAGGAGGACACCUAUGAGAGCGACACACAGGAGCGCACCAUCACUAUUUCUGGAGCAGCCGACGACACGGAUGAAGAGUAGACUGUUUAUCUAACCCAAAGAUUUCA